GGAGACAUGGAGGAAGGUGCUAAUGUCCAACGACCACCACUGUUAAGAGGACCAAACUAUAAUUUUUGGAAGGGACGCAUGAGAGCCUUCUUAAAGUCUCAAGGUGGAAGAGUAUGGAGAAGCAUAGAGACCGGAUGGACAGAACCCACAGAGACCAACGCAGAAGGAGAGAAGGUGGCAAAAUCUUUUGAGAAAUACUCAAAAGAAGAAGCAACACUGGCUGAAUGCAAUGAUAAGGCACUCAAUGCACUGUUUGGGGCAGUUGAUAGCUCACAGUACCGACUCAUUUCAAAUUGCACUGAAGCAAAGAAGGCCUGGGAGAUCCUUGAAACCACUCACGAAGGAGAUGAACGAGUAAAAACUGCUAAACUACAGAUUCUUGUGACUAAAUAUGAGAAUCUGCGUAUGGAUGAAAAAGAAAAAAUAGCAGAAUUUCAUGGGAGAGUAAGAGAACUGGCAAAUGAGGUUGAGAAUCUGAAGAGGCCCUUCACAGAGGAUAGUCUAGUGUUGAAGGUGCUGAGAGCUUUACCCGAGAGCUAUGCAAUGGAUGCCAAAGCCAUUCGCCAAGCACAUGACAUAAAGAACAUGACACUUGAUCAGCUGAUGGGAAAUCUUGAGACCAUUGAGCUCCAAAUGAACGAGGAAAUCAAGCAAAAGAAGAGUGUCAAACAGAUUGCAUUCCAUAGCCACACUACUGAAGAAGAAGAAAACGAUGAAGACCCAUCAGAUGGAGAUUAUCAAGAGCAGUUGUCCCUCAUCACCAAACAAUUUAAGAAGCAAUGGAUGCAGAAAAAAGGAAGACCAAAUUAUCAGGCUGAGUCCUCAAAAGGGUUUCAAUUUAGAAAUCCAAGGCCAAAGGAUAGCAGGAAACGGCAAGCCGUCGUAACAACCUGGAGCGAUGAAGAAGAUGAUACUGAGGAAGUCCUAGGAAACAGCAACUGUGCAUUCACCACACUAGUUCACAAUGAAGACUCAGAUAAUCUCACUAAUCAACUUGAGGUGCUUCAGAAAGAGGUGGACAGCCUUCGCAGAAAACUUGAUGAAACCAUGCAGCAACUGGAACAGAUUGAAGGGGAAAAAGCGAAUCUAAACUAUGAACUCACUCAACUGAAGAGCUAUCAAAAGUGGAUGAAAAGCGUAGGUGCAGAACAAAUCGAGAGUCUUAUAGACAAAUCAAGGUUUUAUGGAGACAGAACUGGCAUUGGGCACACACUACCAACAAGCAGUAAGACUCCGCUUGAUCUGUUUGUAACAAGAUCAAAGAUCUCUGAAGAGGAACUGGCAGAAUAUAGCAGAGACAAGAAGGAAGCAGUCCAGUCUAGCCACACUCAUAACUUAUUGAACAUUCAACCAUUGGAAGGAGGGAAUGUACGUUUUGGUGGCGGUGCACAUGGACAGAUCAUCGGGAUUGGAACACUGCAUGUCUCAGGGCUACCACCAAUCAAAAAUGUAUGGCUGGUCCAAGGGCUAGAGGUGAAUCUGCUAAGCAUUAGUCAAAUCUGUGACCAAGGACUUGAAGUGGUGUUCACUCAACAAAAGUGUCGUAUCAAGGACAGAAACAAAUUCGUUGUCUUGGAAGAGGAACAACUCGCUACAAUCUCAAACCUAAUCCCAGAAAAUAUCAGAAAUCUCUCAAAGAAACAACAAGAGAUGGUGCGUACCAAGAUCGCCGUUCCUAAGCAAUGGAAGAAGGAACAUGCAACACAGAAAAGAGCAAGUCUAAUUCAGAAGUUUGCUCAAGCUAGAGCAAAUCUGAGGGCGAGAAUCUCACGAAAUGAUGAAGGUUCAUCUUCCUUGAAACAAAAUCCAGACAUUGAGACUGCCAUGGAGCAUGAAGAAGUUCAAAGGGCAUCGGAAGUUGAAGAAUUGUUAAAGGGAGAGCAAGAUAAAGCACCACACAACUCAGAUCUCCCAACCGUCAUGUUACUAGAAUACAAAUCUUCAGCAACCCACAGGGAACAGCCCCAGAUUACAGAAGUAGACGAAGAGUUCCACACCCUACUGGAUGAAGAACCACUGAUAGCAGUCUCUGAAGAACCUUUCAAGAAUGCUGAAAACCAAGAUAGGACCCCUCAGAGCUCCAAGAAGAAGGCAAAACAGACUGGUCAACACCCUACUCGGAAGUCCUCAACUCACACUUUUGUCAAUACUGCUGCUAAAUCUUAUUUGCCUACAAUAAUGAAGAAGCACAUUUUGCCCCAACGAAAUAUUGAUCUGGAAGACUUUGCUUUGAAAACCACACUCAUCCCCCUGUUAGAUGCUAGGAAGUUGUUGAAAUCUGUCACUAUUCCCGGCUCUUAUGUCAAACAAGUUAUCCAUGAGUUCUAUUGCAACUUGAAUGAAGAUUUUGUGUAUCCUGCUGCUGAGUCCUUUGAAAAAGUGUUUGUCAGAGGAAAAUUAUACACUUUUUCAUCUACUGCUGUUAACAUGUUCUUGGGAUUAGAUGAUGUUCAGGAUGCAUUGGUAAGUGAGGCCACAAUGUGGAAAGAACUCACUCACGGAACCCGGAAAAGCCAACACCCCUCCAACAAAGUUCCCUCGUCAAUCCUGAAUAGUUCCUACUCCAUCUUGCUCAGGGUUGCUGCAUGUCACUGGCUAGCCACAUCCCAUAUCAACACAGUGACAAAAGUCAUGGGCAUGCUGUUGUACAAGAUCAAAAACAAUGUUCCUGUUAAUCUAGGAAAGCUGAUUGUGGCUCAAAUAGCUGAGUUUGGGAAACACAACUAUAAGCACAAUGAUAAUGGUCUGCCCUUUCUUGUGCUAAUCUUUCAGAUGCUUGUCUCACAGGGUUUUAACAAGAAGGAUGGUGAACAAGAGGAGCCUUUGGAGCCACUGCUGCAGGUUGACAACAGACACUUUGAUGGAAAGCACUUCAAUGACAUGAAGCAAAACAAGGAAGCACUUCUCAUGGUGGACCAACAGAAGAAAGUUCUUGAAGAAGAGCGACAAAGUCUCAUUUGGCUGCAAGAGAAUGCUGCACAGAAUGCUCAAGCAGAAGGUUCAUCAUUUCAGGGGGAGAGUUCAGAGGAGGAAGAAGACACUGCAACAGAUACCUCAACAUGAGGGGAUAAUUCUUACAAACUCUUCUCAAAGCUUAAAUUUGACGUUCAUUUUGAUUGGGUUGUUCUGCCCUGUUUCUGGUUUGAAGACAUAUUGCACUGCUGUUAUUUUUUUGCUAUGACUGGUUUGUCUCUUGGAUGGUUCAAAACAAGAUUUAUCUACAUUUGUGCCUGCAUUUGAUUCUCUGUAGUUUCGUUUCGCUAUUCUUGUGCAUCUCUGUGACAUGGUGUAGGUACAUUCCUCAGCCUAGAUUAUAGAUUUUCUAGCUUGUCUUUUUGUACCUCUCUUGCUCAGGUGUUGGAUGUUACUCUUCUCUAUUCCCAUAUUUGAAUAAACUUUGGCUCCUUUU